GCGAUGAGGUCUACAGCGCGACUGCUCAACGCCGUCUCUCACGCCGUAGAUGGCUCAAGGGCACGAACGACGGGCUUCAUUGGCCUCGGCCACAUGGGCUACGAAAUGGCAUACAAUCUCUUCUCACGCACGCUCGUCGAGAGUGGGGGCUCUGCCCGCUUUGUCGUAUGCGAUGCACGGCAAGAAAGCGCGACGCAGUUUGUGAACAACUUCCACAAUCACUUCCCAGGUGCAAAGAUAGAAGUGCUCUCAUCUCCCGCCAACGUUGCCCGUGCCUCGCAGACGGUACUUACCGUAUUGCCUUCGUCACCACAAGUGAAUGAGGUGUACAUGAUGAACGCUGGUGGGAUAGUCCCCGGGCUACGAUCACUGUCGUUUGAGGAGAUAUCGUCUACAUUCUGCAUCGAUUCUACCACCCUGGACGUGAAGCUCGCCAGGGACGUUUCGAAACACGUGCACGAGACUGGGGCGAGCAUGGUCGAUGCACCUGUCAGUGGUGGUGUCACAGGUGCAAAGGCUGGCACGCUGAGCUUCCUCGUCGGCGGUACCGAAGACGAAUUCCGCAGAGCCGAGCCUGUACUCGCGCACAUGGGCAAGAAGAUCAUACAUUGCGGCCCCAGCGGCUCGGGUCUCGCAGCGAAGAUAUGCAACAACAUGAUUCUUGGCGUUCAGCAGCUAGUGGUCGCGGAGGCCAUGUUACUCGGCACGAAAUUUGGGCUGGACGCAGCCGUGCUUGCUGGGGUGAUUAACAGCUCGACUGGGGCAUGCUGGGCUAGCUCUGUGAACAACCCUGUGCCUGGUGCAUUGCCAGACAAGCAGCCUCCUUGCACGCGAGACUAUGAAGGCGGCUUUGCCACUCGUCUUAUGCACAAGGACAUGGACCUCGCCCUUCAUCUCGCCCGUGAGCUUGGUGUAAAGACGGUGAUGGGAGUGGAUGCAUUGAUGCUUUACGAGGCAUUCAUGAAGCGGGUGCCAGAAUUGGCCACAAAGGAUUUCUCGUCCGUCUACACAGCAUAUUCUAAAGGAAUUGAAGCGACGGAGGAGGCACAUAGAUCGUAAAAUCUCGGAAUGCAUUUUGUGUACUUGAGGUUACAGGUAGCACAGGUAACGAU